AUGUGGAGGAGGCCGUCGUCGCUUCUAGCAAGAAGAACUUUCCUCGGUAGGAAAACGGCAGCUCAGAAGUUCAGGGAUACAGUUUUUCAUUAUCAGGUAUCCAAUUCUGAGUUUCUAAAAUUAAGCGUUCCAUGUAUUGAAUCCUUGUUUCAUAAAUCGGAUUUCUCCAUCUCGGUAUGUGGAAAAUCUGAAUUUUGUCCGAACCCAAGAUUUUUCUCAACGAACCCAUCUGAAAAUUACGCGGAAGAAAUCGCGGAAUCGUCCGUUUCGGAAGCCAAUGAAGGGUUCGGGGGGAGCUUGAAUAAUGUGUUUGAUGAAAGUAUGAGCUCUAUUUCGUCGGGAUUGGAAGCUGGGUCUUCGAUCUUAAAUGAAGACGCGGAUGGCUUAGAGUUAAAUGAUGGUUUGGCUGCUGAAAUUGAUGAGAGUUCUGUUCCUAUGGACCAAAAGUUUGGUUCUUUUGCAAGCGAGGAGGAGGAAAUUGGAAAAAUGGAGGAGAAUGAUAUGGAAAAGGUGCAAAGUUUGUUGUCAUUGCUUCAGAGCAGUGGUACUGCCGAUGGUUCUCUAGAGAAUGACUUUGAAAAAAUGGGUUUGGUUUUGAAUGAAGAUUUUGUGACUAUGGUGCUUGAAACACCUUAUGUUCCAGGGGAGAAUUUAAUCGGCUUUUUCAGGUGGGUUUUGAAGAAAUCGGAGUUUAAGGUGACGACACAGGUUCUUGACGCACUUGUUAGUGCAAUAUGCAAGGCAAAUAGGAAGAGAGAAGCGUACGCUUUAUGGGACCUGGUGCAGGAAGUUGGGGUGGAGGAGAAGGGCAUCCUGAGUACUGGGAGUUUAAACGAAUUAAUAGCACUAUUUUCGAGGUUAGGGAAAGGAAAGGCGGCAUUUGAUGUGUUCAAUAAGUUUGGAGAGUUUGAAUCUCCCACAAAUCCUGAUGCAUAUUAUAGUACGAUUGAAGCUCUUUGUAAGAGGUCAUUUUUCGAUUGGGCUUGUUCAGUUUGUGAGAAGAUGUUACAAGAUCAUAAACUUCCUAAUAGCGAGAGAGUUGGGAAAAUAAUUUCUUAUUUGUGCAGGGGAAGUAAGGCUAAAGAUGCACACUCAGUUUAUCUGUCCGCUAAGGAAAAUAAAAUAUAUCCUCCUCGGUCUUCUGUAAAUUUUUUGAUCAGCUCCCUUUGUCGACUUAGACAAACUGAUAAAGAAACACCUACAGAAAUCGAUGAGGAAACUGAUAGGGAAACUGUUUCCUUGGCUUUAGAGAUGCUGAAGGAUUAUACAAGAGAAGAAAGGAUGUAUGCAAUUAAGCCUUUCUCGAGUGUCAUUCAGAAAUUGUGUUGGAUUGAAGAUGUUGAAAGGGCAAAAACAUUGCUCCUCGAGAUGAUUGAUGUGGGUCCACCUCCUGGAAACGCCAUCUUCAAUACAGUCAUCAACGGGCUUGCAAAAGUCGGGGACAUGGAUGAAGCUAUGAAAAUAAUGAGACUGAUGGAGAGCAGAGGUUUGAAACCUGAUGUAUACACUUACAGUGUCAUUAUGAGUGGCUAUGCAAAGGGUGGUGCAAUGGAGGAAGCAUGCAAGAUUUUCGAUGAAGCCAAAAAGAAGCACUCUAAGCUGAGUCCUGUUACAUAUCAUACACUCAUUCGUGGGUUCUGCAAGCUUGAACAAUAUGAGGCGGCUGUGAAUUUGUUGCGGGAGAUGAAGGACCAUGGAGUUCACCCAAAUCAUGAUGAGUACAAUAAGCUUAUCAAAUCUCUUUGCUUGAAGGCUUUAGAUUGGGAAACUGCGGAGAAGUUGCGAGAAGAGAUGAAAGAGAAUGGCUUGAUUCUAAAUGGUAGAACAACUGCUCUUAUAAAUGCAGUGAAGGAAUUACAAGAAGAAGGGAUAAGCCAUGAAGUAAUUGCUGCAGCCUGA